AUGGCAAGCGAUGCGAUGGCCUCGGCUGAUGACCUCAGUGCAACGGAGUCGGCUUCUUUCGAUCAAACACGCCAAUUCAACCCUUCUCAACAGCCAAUUCAUUUCGAUGAUCGCGAUGCAGAUGUGAAGAAGAAAAUCGUGCUUUUCAACCUACCCGAACCAUUUGGUGAUGAUCAGAUGAAAGAGCAAGCCGAUCGGAAUGCUUUUCAUCAAGUUUUAUAUGCGAUCAACGCGGAAAGUCUGGCUGGAAAUAUUCGUGAGAUCAAACGAGAAGGACGAUUUGAACAAAAUGGAAAACCUCGUCGUGUAGUUGUGACAUUUACCGAUGAAAAUGUGCAACGAAUCGUGGUCGAAUGUGCGCCGCAACUCUCAAAGAUUGGUCAACUGAAACAUCUAGCGCUUUAUGCUUACAAAUCAACGGCACAACGAUUCGAACCACUUCCGAAACAACAAACGAAGCGUCAAAACAACAAAGCACGGCCGACGAGAGCGGAUGGGUAUCACGGUGGCACUUCUCGGAAGGUUCCCGAUCAAAAGUUCGAGCAAAGAGGUCAUAAACAACACGAAAAACCUUCGAACGUGCAAUCCAAUGAUGUGAACCCAAAAUAUCCACAACAAAUCUUCCACAACUCUUUCAGAUUUGGACCCAAUGGCGCCAUGCCAGGCAAGCUUCAACAAAAUGGAAUGAACGGCCAACACCAUGCAAAUCAACCAGCACCAUUUCCGCCGCAAAUGUUCAACAAUGCUUUUGGUUUUGCGCCGAAUUUUGCCCCGCCAGGAAAUCCUCAACCAGUUCCACUAAUGUCUUUCAACCCAAUCGAUCCGCAAUUCCAAAUGAUGAUGAUGCAAAUGUACAGAAUGUUCCUCAACUCGCCACAAGCACAACAAAACAAUCCUUCCGUGCCGUCAAAUGUGGCAACAUCAGCAAAUGAGCUCUCUGAAGAAAAUGAUGCGACUUCUCAAUUUCCCCACGCUUCACCGGUGCCGAUGGAAAUGAAUGACAUUGAGCUUGAAGCACCAACUUUGACUGAACAACAGAAUUUCCCGGAACAAAUGGAAGAAAUGGAUGCUUCCAAUGGAGUUCAAAGGAAAAACGGUUGCAAUCAACACUUCGAUACUCCAGUCGCCAGAAAAUCUGAUCCUGAUCAACAAAACGCUGUCGAUCCGUUCAAAAGACACCAAGAUGUGAAUUUGAUUCGUGAAGCCCAACUGAACGCCCACAACAUCAACGCCCGUCUACAAGAUCUAUCACCCGAACAAGCAAAACUCUUCCUGAACACUUUAAGCAAGAAUUUGUGGAGAGAAGAAAAACAAGAUGAUUUCUCGAAGAAGCCAUUGGAGAAAGCUGUGGAUGACUUCAUUCUUUUGGAUCCUUCGGAUGAGAUUCCGCCAAUUGAAACAAAACAACCAAGUGAUUACAAUUCAUCAAAUGAUCCACAAAGAACUUCUCAAUUGCCUCUUCAACGAGAAUUCGAGGAACAAGAUGUCGUCUCAGCUGCAAAGCCUUUAUCUUCCUUUAUCACCUCAAGCGCUUCAUUUCACGAGUGCCAUACAAAUGUACAACCACUUGUCAAGCAAAUUGAAAAAGUUGUUGAAUCUGAAAGGGAGAAGGGGAAUGGAUCUGUUGCAAAGCUGAAAGAAGAUUCACCGAUGACCCCAAUUGAUUUGAGCUGGCCUGCUCAGCGAUGUUCAUCGAGAAACUUGCAGCAACUGGAUUGGCAGAAGGAAGAGCUGAUGCAAGCUGAGAACAAUGUUGAAGAAUUGCGGAGAUUGGCGAUGAUUCGAGUGACUUCAAUAGAAAUCUUACAGCUAUCGAUGCCCCAAACCGUUUGUCGGAGUCAAAAAUGUGCAAGGUAUGAAAGGAUUGAUGGAAAAGAAACGUUGAUCUACAGGGUAUGCCACAAAGAUUGCAAACUAGGCGAUAAUGGAAAGCGAGACGGAUGUGCAGUAUUUCGUGAUGGCUUCUGCACUGAAUGCCCCUGUCACAUAACUGAUCACGAGCGAAUCUCGUACGAGCAAGAAAUCACCAUAAAAUCUCUCGAAAACCCACAAAAACUCGCCUCAGAAGCGAAUGCUGCCGAGAUGAAGAAAACCGCAAUUCGAAAAUUUGAGCGAUUCAUCAAUGGAUAUCAAAAAGAAUCCAAUUACAUUUUAUUCGCAAUGGCAACGUUUUCUGCUUUCCUUGCUGAGAAUGGGAUCACUCAGAAAACAAAUCUUUUUGAACAACACUUACAGAAACUGAUUGUUGCCGAAGAAAAGAGAAUGAAAAGCUUAGCUGGGGUGGAUGAGGAUGAAUUCAAUGGAUUGCUCAAACUCAGUGUGACUUAUGGAGAUAUUUGCAAACAAUUUGUUCAUCAACGAGACUCGGCAAAGAUCUCACUUGAUAAGCUACAAGAAAUUCGACAAAUGUUGUUCUCUUUGCCGCUGAAUGGCGCAAUGAUUGCACAGAUUUUCGAUAUUCAUGUGAAGACCGAUCAUCAGGAUUAUGAGGCAACUGUGACACGCUGCGAGAAAUCGAUGUUUCAAUUACUCGCAACCACCGAGAACACAGCCCGUUUCUUCUACUCAAUAUUUUCCAUGCCGGGACAGUAUUGCACUCUCGCCUCCAUCUAUCUCUUGAAAGAAUCUCACUGUGCUUCGCACAGUGAGAUUUCUUUCGUAUUGACCUUACUUGCUCCUGCAAUUCUCAUUGCCAAGAAC